AUGGAACUUGGAAGGAGGAAUACCAAGAAAUACACUUUCAAAUGUCCUGACUUAACAGAGUUGAAAAAGCUUGGUUCUAUGAUAGUUAGUCCAAAGGAUUUCAGAGCUCAGUAUGAAAGACUUAUGGGUAUCUUGAAGACCAAGGUUGAAGAUGGAGUUCUCAACACACUGGUACAGUUUUAUGAUCCACUCUACCAUUGCUUUACAUUUCCAGACUACCAGCUUAUGCCUACCCUAGAAGAAUACUCUUAUUGGUUUGGUUUGCCAGUCUCUGACAAAUUACCAUUCAGUGGUCCAGAGAAGACCCCUACAUCAGCAGCUAUUGUAGAAGCACUUCACCUAGAAACGUCUGUUGUGAAGGACAACUUCACUAAAAAAGGAGGGAUUCUAGGUCUAACCUCUAGAUUCAUGUUGGAGAAAGCCUUUAUCUUUGCAGAAGCAGAUAGUAGAAAUGCCUUUGAAGCCAUUUUUGCUCUACUCAUUUAUGGAAUUGUACUCUUCCCAAACAUUGAUGAGUUCGUGGAUGUUAAUGCUAUACGAAACUUCUUAAUUGGUAACCCAGUACCCACAUUACUUGGAGAUACCUACCAUUCUAUCCAUCACAGGACUAAGAAAGGUGGUGGAACCAUUCUUUGUUGUGCACCUCUUCUAUAUAAGUGGUUUAUUUCUCACUUGCCCAAAUCUAGGCUCUUUAUGGAGAAUCCGCAGAAGCUCCAUAUGGUCUCAGAGGUUCAUGUCCAUUGA